UGUUAUCAUUUGGUUUUUAUUUACUGGAUUUGCUAUUUUUCAUUUGUGAAAAAGCUUUAUUAGCGAAACACAUAUUGUCAUUUUGCAAAUUAUUUUCCUUUUUAUUCCUUUGAUUGAUGAGAAAAAGUGCAACAAAUCUUUUUCAAAUCAUGGGAUUCUAAGAUUAUCAAUCAAAAGGGUUUCUUUCUUUUUUCUGGGUUUUUCUAUUUUCCCCCUUAUUUUUUGUUUUCUGGGAUUCUUGACAAUGGAUUCCAAGACAGCUGAGGAUGUCAACACGAAUUCAAAGGUGAAUGGCACAGGAAGUGUUAGUAGCAAAGACAUGAUCUUCAGAGCGGAUCAAAUUGAUUUGAAGAACUUGGAUAUACAACUAGAUAAGCAUUUCAGCAAAGUUUUCUCAAGAAACAGCAACAACCAGAGGCCAAAGGAAGAGUGGGAGAUUGAUUUGUCGAAAUUGGAUAUAAGAUAUGUUGUGGCUCAAGGGACCUAUGGUACUGUGUACCGGGGUACUUAUGAUAGCCAAGAUGUUGCAGUGAAGGUGUUGGACUGGGGAGAGGAUGGUCUUGCAACGACUGCUGAGACGGCUGCUAUGCGGGCGUCAUUUCGGCAAGAGGUUGCUGUUUGGCACAAGCUUGACCAUCCUAAUGUUACAAAAUUUGUUGGGGCUUCAAUGGGAGCUUCAGAUCUUAAGAUUCCUCCCAAAAAUCCAUCUGAUGGUUACAGUUCCCAUCCUUCAAAGGCGUGUUGCGUGGUUGUGGAGUAUCUUCCUGGUGGGACACUCAAACAAUUCCUGAUAAGAAAUAGGCGAAAGAAGCUUGCCUUUAAAGUUGUGAUUCAACUUGCUUUGGACCUCUCUAGAGGACUUAGCUAUCUGCAUUCAAAAAAGAUCGUUCAUCGUGAUGUCAAAACAGAGAAUAUGUUGCUGGAUGCGCACAGAAAUCUGAAAAUAGCUGAUUUUGGUGUUGCUCGUGUUGAAGCUCAAAAUCCCAGGGAUAUGACCGGCGAAACUGGUACUCUAGGAUACAUGGCCCCAGAGGUUCUUGAUGGUAAGCCUUAUAACAGAAGAUGCGACGUCUACAGCUUUGGGAUAUGCUUAUGGGAGAUUUAUUGUUGUGAUAUGCCCUACCCAGACCUUAGCUUUGCUGAUAUAUCAUCUGCAGUUGUUCGACAGAAUUUACGACCAGAAAUUCCAAGGUGCUGUCCAAGUUCUUUGGCAAACAUCAUGCGCAAAUGCUGGGAUGGAAACGCAGACAAACGUCUGGAAAUGGACGAGGUGGUGAGAUUGUUGGAAGCUAUUGAUACAACUAAAGGAGGAGGGAUGAUACCUGAAGACCAAGCUUCUGGUUGUUUCUGUUUCCGCCCUGCUCGUGGUCCCUAAACAUUGUUUAUUCAUCCGUCAGUUAUUUGUGUUGAUGAAUUGGAAUGAUGAGCAUUUUUACUGCCCAGCCAAAGGGAGUGCGAAAAUGGGGGCUGUUGAUUGGGAUUCAUUGUUUGCAAAGAUUUUCCUUUUGGUGAUGAAAAUGUGUCUCUGUAGUCCAUAAACAGAGGAGGGUGGUUCAUUGUUUUUACAUAUUAGUAUUACAUAAUUGUGUUUGUAAUAUACAAAUAGGUCUGUUUUGAUCUUGGAAGAGUUGCUAUAUUUCCAAUGGAUUUUGCUUUCUCUAGGAUGGUCUCGCGCCUUGACGAGCAAUAUUGACAGCCAAGGCUAUCAACCGCAAUCAGAGGAAGAAAUUUGUUAAGAAAACUAAACCCAAGUAAAGCAAGUUGAGCAUGUUAUCAAAGAAAGGUCUCUUGUUGUUUUCUUUCAACAAUUGCCUACAGACUACAGUUGAAAAGAGUUGGAAAAUGGCCAAGUCGUGGA